AUGCCUCGCAUCGUGGACGAGUCCGGAAACACUUUCAUCCAGCAUCCCAACAGCCAGCUAUCCCACUACCGCAUUGAUGACUUUGCUGAUCCCUGGAAGCCGCGAGAAACAAUUCUGAUCCAACAUGGAUUUGCUCGCACCAUUCAGCACUGGCAUCACUGGGUGCCCGCCCUUGCAGGGAGGUAUCGAGUCAUCCGACGUGACCUUCGUGGCCACGGGCUUUCCAGUCAUCGCAAGACCAAAUUCGAUAGCAUCGAUUACGAAUACUCUCUCGACACAAUUCUCGAUGAGAUAAUCGACACGCUGGACCAACUCGGCAUUGAUAAAGUCCACUUCCUUGGAGAGUCUACCAGCGGCAUGUUGGGCGAAGCGUUGGCGGCAAAGUACCCGCACAGAUUGCUCUCUCUAGUACUCUGUUCCUCGCCGACGCACUUGCCCGAGUCCGCCUUGCAACUAUUCGCUUUUGGUCAUGCCGACUGGCCCACUGCGUGUCGAACGUUGGGUUCGCGUGGCUGGGCCGAGGCCUUGAUGCGUUUCCCAGGCACCGUUGCGUCGGAUGAUCCCGCCUACCAGGCUUGGUGGCUAGACAUGAUUUCACCGUCAGACUGCGAAGGACUUGCAGGUUACGCGGAGCUUUUGGCAAAGAUGGAUUCCAGGCCAUUCCUCAAGGAGAUAAGAGUACCAAUGCUGAUCUUGGCACCGAGCAGAAGCGCUGUGAUGACCGUUGCUAUGAUGGAAGAUGUGGCGAAGCAAGUGAAUGGGGCUAAAGUUGAGGUUAUUGACGCUCCUGGACACGAGAUCUUCGUGUCUGGGGCGGAGCAGUGUCAGAAGGCUGCCAUCAGCUUCUGGAAAUCACUUGAACAAGAGAAAUAG